CCAUGAAUCAUUUCUUCAGUAUACCUUGAAAAUUGCCUACUUUUUGACGCCAGAUCAUCUUAAUCCUCAAGGUUAUAUGACGAUGAACGUUCUCAUGGCUAUGCAGAUCUUUUCCGCAAGAGUUUCUGUGGCUAUGGAAAUGUACAAAGAUGAUGAGAAAUUGAAAGAUGCAGGGCCGACCAUUGCUUUUAUUAAAAAAGUAAAAGCUGUCAUAGAUGCAAUGAGAUCCCGUACAUCAGGUGAUGCUUUGCGCAUAAAUGAAAAUCGCUCCAGACGGCAGGCAAUUGUGAGCUUUAUUACAUAUCUACAGGAGUGGAAGUCAAAAGCUCACGAAAAUAAUUUCAAAUUUCCUUUGACUAACAACACAUAUACAGGAUUUAUUGUCACUCUCAAAGCAACCUUGGAAUUACUUGACUACUUGAACCAAGAAGAAGGAUAUAAGUAUUUGAUGACCAAUUGUUUAUGCUCUGAUCCAAUCGAGGUUUCAUUGUUGUCAAAAAGAAAAAAUGUAGAAUAAGAUAGUUGGCAAAUAGAAAUUAUUACAGCAAUAAGGACAAUAAAUAAUUACAAAAACAAGGAAAUCAGAAAAGGAAUCUAAAUUAUAAAAAAC